GAGAGUGGAGUGCCUACACUAGCCCUCUCUUCCGCGCACUUACACGCGGCUACACCUGCUCCGGACACGCACACGCGGACACGUCCUCUCGCCGCUCGCUGCAGGGGCGUCGCGAAGAUUUGUUCCCUGAAGAACGUGUUACAAAACAGUGAAAGACUUUGUGUGCUGCCAAGUGCUUCAACAUGGAUAAAAUUUUAGUUUUAGAUAUCGUUGCGAAAGAUGUCACGCAAAAAUAAUAUGUGUACACUUACCAAUUACCCAAGGGAGAGUGGACUGAAUUAAUUUCAAAUUCACGGUCAUAGCACCGUAACAAAGUUGUGAAACAGUGAGGCACCGUGUUAUAAUCUUCACAGGGACAGACGCUAUAAAGCUUUUGCUGGCGACCGCGCAUCCCGGGAGUCUUCAGGCUGGUCUUCGAAGGAAACUUCAGGAGACUUCGAGCCUGCAAUUGCCCCGCCCGGAGUGCUGCGCCUCCAUCAUGCGGUGCGGGUCGAGCCUCCCUUCACCGCGCCCUUUCGCCGCCCCCAAGAGGCCCUCCACUGGCCCCUCGUCGUCGUAGACCUCGUUGCAGCCUCCUCCGCCUGGGAGCCAUGGCAGGGGCACGGGAGGUCACGCUCACGGAGGUCACGACGGAGGUGGCCUUCAAUGAGUUCCUCUCCUCGGUGUACCGAGGGCUGACGCGGCCGCCGCCCAGCGCCCGUGAUCAGGUCAACCUCACGGGAGUGAUGGCCAGACUGACAGCUCGCACGCCCGCGCCGCCCACGCCCCUGUUGUCCCCAGACUUGCCCGACACGUCCGACCUGCUGGGGGCGGCGUUGGGUGGCGCGACGCUGCUCCUGCUCCUCCUGGUGCUUUUGUAUCGCGGGUGCUGCGCCAGGGUUGCCGCCCCCGCGCCCGCGACGCCCACCCUGCUCCCAGCCCACGUCGUUCGGACUCUGAUCGUGCUGGCGCUAGUGCUGGUGCAGCUGGGGGCGUGCGGCGAGGCGGCUGUAAGGCACUGGAGGUCGCCCCGCCCGCAUGUGCUCCUCACGCCCGCGCCCGUCCUCACCCUCGCCUCCACGCUCGUCACGGCGGCAUACUACCACGCCCUUGAGACCUGGGCUGCCCACGGUUACGUGAGCGUGAGUACGAGCGUAUGGGCGUGGCAGAGCGGGCUGGGGAUGCUGAGGAUAUGGCAGGUGGUCGUGGGCGGGGUGUCGCCGUGGCUCGUGUAUCCGUGCCUGAGCGCCGCCGCCGUGCUGCUCGCCGCGCUGCUCCUCGUGCUCGACGUCGCCACGCUCGUCGCUUGGGUGAGAAUGCUUGCUUGCUGCGCCGGGGCUGGGCGUGCCUCAGCCCCUGGCCGUUGCUGCAGGAUGUGUGUGAGGGACAUGAUGAUGAGGGAGACAUGCAACACAACUAAAAGAAAAUCACGAAAGUGAUUGUGGGUGCUACUAAAAGCAAAACAGAACAUUAGGGUAAAUAACGCAAGGUGAAAGAGCCAGACGGAACGGGCAAAGAGAAUUAAGAGGAGGGAUAAACAGAUAGGAGUAAACAAAGCUGCAGGGGCUUCGCAAUACAAACAAACAAACAAACACACGGAGCUGAGCGAGGCCAAGGACUGGCACGCAGAGAGGAAUGCCACUGCAAUGAUGGGGACGUGUUAUGACAGCGCAUCCUGAUGAAGGGAACGCACGCUAAACGUCACUGCCAAAUGGGUCUGAAUUGACAGAGUAACAUCUCAUGGCGCUCGGUAUCUGAUGGACGAGCGCGUGUCACUUAAUGCCAGAAUUGAUUAUCCGUCGAAUUUAAUAAUCAUAUAAUUGGGGAUAGCCAAGGGUUCAUGUUACAAAAAAUUUGAUUCUAAUUCAUUUCUGUUUCGCUACAUCGAAAAUCGAACCUUAAACAAGCAAUAACCUCUGUGAUUGUAAGCUGAUAAACAAAAGCCAAUACAAACAAACAACCUCAAAAACAGACAUCUACCAACUAUGCAAGAAAUAUCACUGGUCAAAUGCAACUAGAACACAAAGGACAAGUCAUAAAAGAAAAGAAUCACUUCGGGGAACACAGGGAGGCAACGAGCAAGCAACAGAAGGUCGAAACAACAAGGACAAUAAAGCCACAGGAGUCACAGGUUAAUCGGGGUCUCGUCCUGGGGGCAGCGAGGGUACCAUUAGAGCCAAGAGGGAUCCUCCAAGUGGGCGGUUGAACGGCGUGUAAAAAAUCCAUCUGUUUGUUUUGCUUCGGGUCGUAUCCUUACCUGCGCAACCGUAGUGAAAAUGUUGGAGAUUUAUAUAUCGCAGUAGAGGUUGGAAUUUAUACGGAAAAUGUAUAAAAUAUUGUUUGUGGUCGGACUCGAGGAGAUAAAACGUAAGAGAGGAUAGACUAAGGCCCAAAUGCAGCGUUCUCUUGCGGUGAAAAAAUAGGUUCUCAUCUAUAUGGUAAACAGGAAGAAGAGAAGAAGGGGGUCAAGCGUGGUAGGGAGAGAGAAAGGGAGAAGAUAAGAGAGACGAAAAUAAAAGGAGCGAGGUAGAAAGGGAGAAGGAAAGAGUCACAGAUAGGG